GUCAGUGAAGGUCUUAAUAAAUGCUAGGAAGAUGAAGAGAGAAGUGAGUGCUGCUGUGAACUUUCUGAAAUGCAUGGCCUUGAAACGAGGAGGUGUUGAGGAAAGCAAGGCUGAAGUGUUUUCCGCCAAACUACAAGAGCUGCUGUGCGCGAAGUACACGGACCACUGGUACCCUAAAAAUCCUAACAAAGGACAGGCAUUCAGAUGCAUCAGGAUAAACAAGACAUCACCGUUAGACGAUUCAGUACAACAAGCCUGUGAGAAAAGCGAGCUAAGGCCGUCCGAGCUGGGUCUCCCCCGCGAGAUUACCCUAUGGAUCGACCCACUUGAAGUGUCUGCACGAUCGGGUGAGAACUGCAGGCAUUUCACAGUGGCUCAGUUCAGCGAGGAAGAACAGGAAGCAGAGAAUAACAAACACCCUGAAAGGAUAGUGUCUGGGAAUCUGGACACGUCAGACUACCACUCGGCUAGCUCCUCUGACUGCGGUUCCACCAGUUCGAGUGACGCUGAGGAUGAGGUGAAGGAAGCAGAGGUGGAGAAAGUGAAAGACAAAGUGGAGAGUAAGAAGAAGGCAGAGAACAAGGAUUCUGUGAUUACAAUGGUACCCAGGUUAAGGAACCCAAAGGCACGAAAAAUCCCCACACCUCAGCUGGCAGGAAUGCAGUACUUAUACCAUCCAACACCAGUGUGGUCUCCAUAUAAGAAAAAGAACCCAAUUUUUGUUGCUGCAGUCUGCGCUCCUCCUCCACCUCCUGUUCUCGGCUACUACGUCUUUCAAAAAGCCCCACCUCAGUUCAUCGUGCCUCAUGCCAGUCUGCAACCAGCUAAAGGGUAG